UCCUGUUGGGACAGCUUCAUUUGCAAGAUUUCGUGUCACUGAGCCGCUGUUAAAAGGAUGGUCUUAAAUGUUCCCAAGUGCCUCUUAUUUACUUUCUUCUUCAGGUUUUUUAGCGCUUAAGGACAAAUGGGUACUAUCUACUAUAUAAGAAACCAGAGGUGGUGUGAAACGCUGUGAAAAUGGUUCGUAAAUUAAAGUAUCACGAACAGAAGUUGUUGAAGAAGGUCGACUUCAUCAACUGGGAGGUGGACAACAACCUGCACGAGGUCAAGGUGUUGCGGAAGUAUCACAUCGAGAAAAGGGAGGACUACACCAAGUACAACAAGCUCAGUCGGAAUGUCAGAGACCUGGCCAGAAAAAUCAGAGACCUGGAUGAGAAAGAUGGCGUCAGAGCACAGAGCACACAUCGAUUACUGGAGAAACUAUACAGCAUUGGUCUCAUCCCCACCAGACAGAAUUUGUCCCUCACAGAGAAAGUCACAGCUUCUUCAUUCUGCAGGAGGCGGCUGCCCAGCAUCAUGGUGAAUCUUCGUAUGGCUCAGAACCUGAAGACGGCAAUUACUUUCAUCGAACAAGGACAUGUGCGUGUUGGCCCGGAUGUUGUUACAGACCCAGCGUUUCUAGUCACAAGAAAUAUGGAAGAUUUCGUCACGUGGGUGGACUCCUCGAAGAUCAAGCAGCACGUGAUGAAUUACAAUGAAGAGCGGGAUGACUUUGAUAUGAUGGCAUAAAUCUGUUUUCCCAAACCCAUUCAUCACACUGAACGACGGAAAGAAGAUCUCUGCUCGUUUUACUUUGCUGAGGAAAAACUACAGUGUGGGUUCCUUUUAUUAUGGAAACUGGGGACAAAGUGAAAAGUCCUCCUGCGUCCCCAGAACCUAGAACUUACUCGAGCAGUCCUGAGAACAAAGCCGAAUUUUACUGUUGUCACACUUUGACAGAAGCUCUCUUAUAUUUGAACGGCAGCUGUAAAAUGUGUGUCAGUGAGUGUCCAAGUAUAACUGAUUGUAAAAGUUAGUGAGUCUGUGUUGUCACUAUCAUUUCACUUAAAGCUGCGGAGACGCCACUACCACAAGAUUUUGUAAACUGUUUUGAAAGAUGGGCAUACCCUAAACCUGUAUUUAUUCUAAUGACCAGCAGGGGGCGACUUUAGUGUUUGCCAGUCUUAUGGAAGUUUAUAGGAAAAUGUCCCUUUUUGUAACAUCAAGAGACGAUUCCCUGAUGUGUUCAUGUUCUCAGCCUUAGUUAAUAUUGCGUCUUUAUUUUGUAAGUUAUGGUCCUUGUUGGUGUCCAACAUCCCUCAGUUUUAUAGUGAAAAGGCCAAAUGGCAAUGGCGAAAAAGUGUAGCUCAAGUUUAAAAAAAUAAAAAAAGCUGUUCUAACUAGCGGAUGAUGUCACAGUGGCUACAGCCAUCUUAUAUAUACAGUACAGUCUUUAACAUGACAGUGAGCCUUUGUUGUCUUUGUUCAUUUUUCCAUCAGAGCCGCUUAGUGGUUGUUGUCAGAGGGAUCAUAAAGAGCAGCUUAAUCUCUCUGGUCUGACUCGCUCUUUUGUUUUUCUUAUUUGCUCUGCGUUUGUGUAAACACGAGCUCCUUGGUUUGUCUAUACAGAGAUUAACAGUACUAAAAACAAGAAAGCACAAAUGUUUUAGAAAUUUGUCAAAAAUGUGUUUAAAACAACAACAAAAAACCGUUUUAUUUAUAAGGCAAAUGCACUCAAACAUUCAACCUUCAAAACAAAAUUUUCUGUUCAGGAAUGCAAGUAAAUAACUGUAAUUUGACAUCUUUAUCACAAAAUAAAGUACUUGUUUGUUU